AUGCGACGAGCAAUGCAAGGUUCGGCUUUGAUGACAUCAGCGUUUUUGACGCAAUCUCAAUUGAGAGAUGAAUGUCAUAAGCAAGCAGAGAAGCUCAGAGAAGAUCUUACAUUAGCUGAGGACAAUCCUUGGAAAGCACAUUUUUUCAAAGGGCAAUGGAAAGAUCCUCUUGAAGCUUUGGAAGCAAGUUUUAAGGAGUGCUUUUUUGAUGAGCACGGCUUUAGCUUGACCGAAAUUGCUGAAACUCGCUCCUCUUUACUGGUGGAAUCCAAGAUCACGUGGAUAUGUUGCGAUAUCGCAUGGAUCUUGGACAAUCAGGAUAUUAUUGUCCUAGACAUGCCGCGACAGCUACUCUCACAAUUCAAAAGCUGGUGUAAAAAAUCAUGGCCGGAAACAAAACUUCAACGCAACUUUAGUGGUUCCAGUGGGUACUAUUAUCAUUCAGCACUAUUGCUUACGAAAUCGAAACAGCAAGGGGCUUGCGCAAGGAGGCUUGAGAGCAUUCUUUAUGCCUUUUUACGUGAUUUGAAUCUGUCUUAUGAAUGGUCCCAGCAUCAGAACAUACUCAACAAGCAAGCUCAGGCAGAUACCUUUCGAAGAUUUGCUACGGCUUUCGAAGGCAUACUAGAGGAAGCCCACGAGAAGAGCAGAUCAAGGAAGCAGGAUUUAUGCGGUAAAUUGAGCUCUUUGAAGUUGAACCAGUGA